GUUCUGCCCACCCCCGCUCCGUGCGUGGCCAACGCCUCGGUGCACAACGUCACCGGCUUCGCCAAACUGCCCGGCCACGUGCAGGACUUCAUGCGGUACCGGCACUGCCGGUCCUUCCCAGCGCUGCUCGACGUCCCCAGCAAAUGCGGGGGGGCCGAGGGGUCCUCCAACAUCUUCCUCCUCUUGGCCAUCACGUCAUCGCCGGUGAACUCAGAACGUCUCAUGGUGGGGAAGCUCUUCAUCAACAACAGACCCGUCCGCGUCCAGCAGAGCAAGUACUUCGUGCCCACGCAGCUCCUGGCCUCCAAGCAUUACCCGCCCUACUGCGGCGGCGGUGGGAUGCUCAUGUCCGGCUUCACCGCCCACGUCAUCUCCCGGGAAUCACGGGACAUCGAGCUUUUCCCCAUCGACGACGUCUACCUGGGUAUGUGCUUGGAGAAGGCAGGGCUGCCGCCCGCUUCCCACGUCGGCAUCCGGACCAUGGGCGUGGGGGUGCCGGCCAACACCGACCCCUUC